AUGAUUAGAAAUAACCAAAAUUUAGCACCUUAAGCUGGCUAAGUUACAGGUUAAAUCAAUAGCCCCUUAAUUGAAAAGUUAUAAAAAUUUUAGCAGAAGUAUCAACAAAUAUUAGAACACUAAAAUCCUAUCACUCAAUUAAUUUAGAAGUCUAAUGCUAAUUCAUUUACUAUCAUAAAUAAAUAAUAGAAUUCCGACUUUGAAGAUAAAUAAAUUUAUACUAGGCGCUAAGCGAAUCCACAUUAAUCCUACAUAGCACAAUCAAAAAAAAAUAUUCUAGAAAAGCAAUAUAAUUAACUCUAUUUGUAAAAACUACAGUAAAACCACACUCAGAUAUAAAAUUAGCAAUAAAUUUAGCUAGAAAAUGCUCUUCUUAAAUCAUAGGUCAAUCCAAGUAUUACUGAGUAUUCAGCACAAAAGUCAAAUAACUAACCACACGUUAAAGGAAAUCAAAUAUUAGCGGACUACAAUACCCUCCACAUUUAAUAAUUUGAAGAUAAAUUAAAUGACUACGUAAAUGAGAGAAAUCGAAUUUAUUAGUAGAUAUACAAGAAUUAAAAUACUGAAAAUAAAGACAGUACUUCGAUAAACAGGCCUAGUGCGAGAUAAUAUAAUAUUGUUAAUCUAAAUAAGAUUAACUUAAGUAAUGAAAGGUACUGCGAAAUUGAAGCUUAUCUUGAAAAUUCAUAGACAGUUCCAACUUAAUAAAACCACUCUAAUGCAAAUGCUAUCUUACCCAUUUAGCAGUAGCAGAAAAACCAUUCAGUGAUUUAACAAGUGAUUAAAAAAUAGCUAUAAGGUGGUUAAAGAAUAGUUAAAUUCAAUAAGAAGAGAAGAGAAAUAAAACCUUCCAAUCUUUUAGGUGGUGAUUAUUUUAUGUUUUUGGAUGCAAAAAGGUAAGGCCACUUGAAAUCUCUUAAAGACUGUGAUGAAGAUGUUCUCUAUAGGAUUUGGCAGCUUCAAGAAAAAGGAAUUGUUGUUAAUGAAUCGGAAUUAAUGGCAGUAUCAUGUGGAGAGUCUAUACAGUUGGUCACUUAAAAAUAACAUGCCUUCUAGAGAUAACCUCAUUACAAUAAAAGAGUUAACGUUCAGUCAUUGAUUGGCUAAAAUACCAUAUCUAAGAGUGGUAUAGAUGAAACUCAAAUGAAUUUGUCAAUAUCUCCUUCGAGUAAUGUGGUUUCUUACCCAACUUAAUAAUAUUAUUCUGCUAACUACUAAUAUUAAAAUUCUAAUAAUGCUGAUUAGAUUAUGAUUGAUGAUUAGUUAUCAAAUAAAAAGUAGAUUGAACAAAAUUUAAUGAUCUCUAGUCUUAAUUAUAACUAAAAAGAUUUUAAAAAUAAUAAUGAAUACAGGCUUGUCAGAGCAAAAGAUGAUUAUGAUAAAGAAAGCAUAUAGCAAAUGUUUUAACCUUUUAAUUCACCCACUAACAGGCCAAUGAGCAGUUCGAUACAAAAUAAGAGGAUUGUAAAUGGGCUUCCUCUCGUUUCAGGGAAUUAAAUUUUGACUAAUUAUAAUCAGCUGAGAUACAUGAAUAACAUCUAAAAGACAUAAAAUUAAAAAAAUGAACCUCCAAAGAAAAUUUCUUAUAAUUUAGGAAUUAUUCAGUAGGCUCUUAAUGAAGGUACUUAGCCCUCUGCUACAAUAACAUAAAAAAUGAUAAUAAAACAUACUCCUAGGAUAAAUUCUCGACCUGUUUCGAAUUAUGAGCAAACUGCAAGUGGAAUCGCAGUUGCUUAAAAUACAAUCAGCUAAAAUAAUCAAUAAAAUGAUAAAUAAUUUAAAAGAAAAAGCAUUAAAAACACAAAUAAUUCUCCGAAAAACUAAGUUGUUUCAACUAAAUAGCAGAUACUAUAAUAAAAAAUGGAAAAUUAUAGAGAUUUCAUAAAUAUCCUCAAUUACUCUAACAACUUAAUUAUUCCUUACAACUUAUCAAAUCCUAAUCCACCUUUAUACAAAGUAUAUAUUGGAUUGGGUAAUAAUGGAAUUUUAGUUAGAUAGAUUUUUAAAUCAAGGUGGUGGUGGUAGCUAGUCGAAAGCCAUGAUGACUGGCCUGAUUGCUAAUUUUUGUGGAUGUAGUGGAGAAGGAAAGAGUAUACAAAGUAUAUGAAGUCUCUUCCACAGCUCACAUAUGAAAAAUAGCUAAUCAAGAAUGUUGAAAACAAAGGAGAGGAUGAAAGUAAACCUACUUUAAAAAAGAAGAUGACAAUUGAGCAGUCCAAGAAAAAAGGAGAAUCUUAUUAAAAACUGGUUUAAAAGCUUAUUAAUGAAUCAGAUUUUGAUUCUUUGGAGAAUUAUUUAAUGUAAAAUAAGAAAAUAUUUGCACCUCCAUUCAUAUCUAAAGAUUUUUGUAGCGAGAAAUACUGUGAAGAGCAAAGUAAAAAUAGAACUUUUACAAAAUUAAAAGAUCCCAUAAAUUAUAAGCUUCAUAAUCAUGUUUAAAAUAACUUUCACAUUUGCAAUAAAAAAGCAUUAUUCUAUAAUAUGAGAUAAUAUUAUGAAUGUAUAUAAAAAAAUCCAUUUGAUUACAUUCCUCUAACAUUUCAUAUUAAGGAGGGUACGAGUGAUCAAGAAUGGGAGAAGUUUUUAACUUUCUAUAAUUAAAUUGAAGGAUAAAUGCAAGAAAAUGAGAAGCUUAGGUAGAAAAUAGAUGCUGAGAAGCUCAAUAUUGAAAAGCCUAAAUAAAUUAAGAAUGUUUGGAUAAUCAAGCCAGGUGAGGCUACAAACAGGGGAAAUGGAAUCCAAGUUGCAUCAGAUUUGUAGUCUAUAUAAAAUAUAGUUAACACUAAAGAAAUGCAUAAUAAUGGCAAGAAAAAAACAUUUAUCAUACAGAAAUACCUUGAAAAACCUCUGCUAUACAACAAGAGAAAGUUUGAUAUUAGAUGCUAUAUGCUCAUAACAACCUAUAACGGUAUCAUAAAAGGAUAUUGGUAUCAAGAAGGAUAUAUAAGAACUAGUUCAAAAGAAUUUACUUUAAGAAAUCUAGAUAACAAAUUUAUUCAUUUGACUAACGACGCAAUUCAAAAAAAAGGGGAAGAAUUCGGAAAAUUUGAAAUUGGAAAUAAACUUUCUUUUAAUGAAUUUUAGAGGUAUAUGGAUACUAUAAACAGUUCUAGUUAAGUUAAAUAUAACUUUAUGGAGAAAACCUAUCAAGAUAUGAAAGGUGUUGCAACAGAUUGUGUCAAAGCAAUUUUCAAGAAGCUUGAGCCUUAAAAAAAAUAAUUCAGUUUUGAACUAUUUGGUUUAGAUUUUAUGAUUGACGAUAGCUAUAAGACAUGGCUGAUUGAAGUAAAUACAAAUCCUUGUUUAGAAACCAGCUGCCCACUUCUAGCUAGAAUCAUAUCCACUCUUGUUGAAAAUGUAUUUAAAGUUGCAGUUGAUCCAAUCUUCCCCCCUCCUAAUUUCCCUAAGAGUAAAAAGCACUUAAUCCCAGAAAAUAUUUUUGAGUCUAAUAAAUUUGAAUUAAUAUUCGAUGAACUUCAAGACGCUUAAUAACUCUCUACCCUUCCUUCUAAAAGUGAUUAUGAUGACUUUUUAGAAGAAGACUGUGAAGAAGAAGAACAGCUACUAGCAGAAGAAGAAAGUGAGUGA